UUUGAAAUAAUCGAAAUUCUGACAAGUUUCGGGGCCAAUCUCGACUCACCGACGGCCUGUGGCGAGACCGUUUUCGAAAUCUGUGAAGACGACAAGAUGCGGGAGCGCUUGGUGCUGUUGAAGGAGGAGCUGAAAAGGCGUCAGACCCAGCAUAACGAAGCACAGCAGAACUGGCCCAAUAAGGCUCGCGGAUUGGUACGCCGACGCAGCAGUAACCCACGAAGGUAA